AGUUGAAGUCAAGUUUCGCACACGUGCGUCGUAAACGAAGCUUGUUGACGAAGAGUACGAGCGAGGGACUCGGAAGGUUUGAACGCAUUGCGUACCUGCAAAUUGUAUUGGGCAAAGGAAUUUCGGAUGUGAUACAGCAUGGGGAAAUCGCAUAAAAAAGCACGCAAAGAAAGUCAGGAAAAACAAGAGACAGAUGUUCAGAAGUACAAGCUGGAAAAAAGAGAGCAUGAGUCAUGUAUACAAGAGGCUGACUUAGAUGUGAAGCAAAACAUUGAAACGAAUGAUACAAUAAAACAAAAACCAAAGAAAUCAAAAAAGAGCAGAAAGAUAACAGCGUGGGAAAAAAUUCUAUUUCUGAAACACAAGCAGAUCUUGAUGCAGAUUUCCUGGAUGCCAAGAGCAAAACUAAGAAAAAAUCUAAACAUAAGAAAAAUGUAAACUGUGUUUCAUCUUUGGAACGUGUUGACAUAGCAGAUGAACUACAAUUUCAGGAAAAUAAUAAUGCAGAUAGGACUGGUGAAAAUAAUGUGCAGCACAAAACUGCUGACUUGGAACUUUGCAAUGAACAGUCUGAAGACACACGUAAAAAAAAGAUGCACAAGAAAAAAAAAAGCAGCGUUCAAAGCAUUGAAACACCAUGUAUAGAAGAAAUGUCAGUGUUUGCAAAGACAAAAAGGAAAAGGUCCAGUUCCGAGGGACUGGAACAAAUACAGUCCCCUGAGAAAAAGAUUCUGAUGCAAAGUGAGAUGCCCUUAGGUGAUGAUUGCAGUGAUUAUAAAGCACAUAGGUCUGUGAGCAAGAAAAAGAAGAAGCAAUCAAAGGGCGAAAAACAUCAAGACUGCUCGGAGUCUGUUGAGGAGAAGGACACAGAACAGGAAAGAAAAGUAUCAAAGAAAAAGAUGAAAAAGCUAAAAAAAGCCAAGAAAGAGAGUGAUUUGCAUGUUUCUGAUAAUGAGUUAGCAUUAAUAGAUGCACCUGGCAAUGAAAUAGUUUGUGAAAAUGUUGAAAUCAAGAAAACUAAGCAUAAAGGCCUAAGCGGUAAGGAAAAGAUGGAAAGCAGUGCUAUUUGUAAUAAUUCAACAUACACACCAAGAAAUGACAAAAAAAGUAGAAUUUGUAAAGUUGAUGAAAUGGUAGGGAAAGUGAAUUCCAAGGAUAAGGUAGAUCAUCAAACUGAUGGAUUCGGUCAGUGGAACUCACAAAUGUUUGAAAACAGUGAACGGCAGAACAAAUUCUUACGUCUUUUGGGUGGUUUUAAAAAAAGUGGUGCUCUUGGUACAUGCACAUCCGACAGCACCACAAAUCAAAAGAAGGGUCUUUUUGGUUCUCUAAAACCAACACAGUCACAGAUUGGAGGAACUAGAGCAGCCUCAUACCAACAGGCAAGUGACAUGAAUAGCCGGCUAGAAACUGAUUUCACAACUGCCUUGUCAUACAGCCUUGGAGGCCAGCGGGGCAAGGGGCUGGGCUUCCAGCCUGAUCCAGCAGCAGGGAAAAAAUUGUAUAUUGACGUAAACAAGUGUUCGUCAAAGAAGUUUGAUGAGUGAAGUUUUUAAUGCAUUAUACAACAGCAAAAGUUGUCUUAAUCUAGAAGAAAUUGUUUGAUUAAAAAACAAAAUUCAGUUUUUAUGACUAGACAUAUCCAUGGUCUAAUUGUUAAAUUGUUGGUGUAAAAGGGUGGCUUUUUAUCUGCUGUUUAACGUGGAAAUGCUUGUAUCAAGCUGUUACAACACUGCUGAUAAAUAUGUUUACAUGGCU